AUGGAAGAAGUCAGGCAAGACAAGCUGGGCGCGUCGGUGGUGCUCCUGGCCGAGCUGGCUCCCUGGUCUGAAGUUGUGGCCACGCGUCCCUGGCCACCACCACCAGCAGGCGGUACAAGCACCACGGCUCGCCAGCUGGACGAAGCCGACGACGCAGCAUUCGGGCCGAGCCGGCCCUUCGCCCCAUCCCAGGCCAUCAACGACAAGGUGAGUCUGUGGCGCGGCGACAUCACGCGGCUCGCGGUCGACGCCAUCGUCAACGCCGCACGACCGAGCCUGCUCGGCGGCGGCGGCAUCGACAAGGCCAUACACCGCGUCGCCGGCCCCGGCCUGCUCGAGGAGUGCAGGCCACUGGGCGGCUGCCUCCACGGCCAGUGCAAGGUGACGGGUGCGCACGGGCUGCCGUGUAGGCUGGUGCUCCACACGGUCGGACCCAACCGCGACCUGCACAGCGAGGCGGAGGGCUACCCGCUGCUCCACGCGGCCUAUCGCAGCUGCCUGGCGCGGGUGGUGGAGCACGACGUGCGGUCGGUGGCGCUGAGCUGCGUCUCCACGGGGGCCUACCGCUUCCCCUCUCGCCCCGCAGCGCACGUCGCCCUCUCCACGGUCAGGAAGUGGCUCGAACAUGGAGACAACAUGGAGAAGGUGGAGCGGAUCAUCUUUGCCACUUUUCUUGAGCAGGACGAGGCCAUCUACACCGAGCUGAUGUACAAGUUCUAUUUCCCUCCUCCCACAUCUUCUUGA